UCCGAGGCGGCUGCUCCCCGUUUUUCAAAGGCCAGGCAGCGAGCAUUAAGCGGGAUACGACCUUCGUGUUCCAGUCAGAGGACUUAAAACGUGACUCUAGUAAAAAAAUCUCUCAUCAACAUUUGUUCCCCUUGGCCAUGGAGGAAGAUGUGAAAAUAGCAGACACCAAAAAACCCAACCGAGUCCUUGACCAUGAAAAAGAAAACACUCGCUCCAUCUGUCUUCUCGAGCAAAAACGAAAAGUUGUUUCUUCAAAUAUUGAUGUUCCUCCAGCAAGGAAAUCUGCAGAAGAACUGGACAUGGACAAGGUAACAGCAGCAAUGGUAUUAACCAGCUUGUCAACCAGCCCUUUGGUUCGAAGUCCUCCUGUGCGGCCAAAUGAGGGCCUCAGUGGAUCCUGGAAGGAAGGAGGUGGUGUGCCUUCCAGCACCAGCAGCAGCGGCUUCUGGAGCUGGAGUGCCCCCAGCGACCAAUCCAACCCAUCCACGCCAUCCCCGCCGCUCUCGGCCGACAGCUUCAAACCCUUCCGCACCCAGGCUCAGCCAGACGACGGCAUCGACGAGUCAGAGGCCAGCAACCUUCUCUUUGAUGAGCCCAUUCCCAGGAAAAGAAAGAACUCCAUGAAAGUGAUGUUCAAAUGCCUGUGGAAAAACUGUGGGAAGGUGCUGAGCACCGCGGCCGGCAUCCAGAAACACAUCCGGACCGUUCAUCUUGGGCGUGUUGGGGACUCUGACUACAGUGAUGGAGAAGAGGACUUUUACUACACAGAGAUCAAGCUCAACACCGACUCCGUGGUGGACGGCCUGGGCAGCCCAGCCCCAGUGUCCCCUUCCCAGUCCCUGGCUUCGCCUCCUACUUUCCCCAUCCCCGACUCAAGCCCAGGGGAGACUCCUCGUGCCAAAACAGAGACGAAAUUGAUGACACCCUUGAGCCGCUCCGCCCCCACCACCCUCUACCUCGUGCACACCGACCAUGCUUACCAGGCCACGCCCCCCGUGACCAUUCCGGGAUCCGCCAAGUUCACCCCCAAUGGCAGCAGCUUCAGCAUUUCCUGGCAGUCCCCUCCGGUCACCUUCACAGGCAUUCCAGUCUCACCAACCCAUAACCAUCUGAUGAGCACAGGAGAGCAGAGACAGCACACUCACACAGUCCUGUCCUCCCCGCCCAGAGGAACCGUCAGCCUGAGGAAGCCCAGGGGAGAGGGCAAAAAGUGCCGGAAGGUGUAUGGCAUGGAGAACCGAGACAUGUGGUGUACUGCCUGCCGCUGGAAGAAGGCCUGCCAAAGGUUCAUUGACUGAGAGCCCCGCCCGCACACCCGAGCUACUCCCGCCCUCUCCUUCCACUGCAGGUUUGGAAAAGUGCUUUUGCUUCCGAACAAAAAGCACUUAAAGCCCGGGAAAAGCACCUCCCGGAAACUUGGUGGAAUUACAGCAAAAAAAAAGUCAGCACCCUCACUGCUCUGACUGAGAAUCCAGCCUGGAGCAGCUGUGACCUUCAUUUCCUUCCAACGAAAAGCCACCCUUUUUUGCUGUAUGUCUAGGUCUUAAAAACUGAACUUCUGUAGCAGGUGAACCAACAGAGCCCUUUUUUGCCUAGUGAGGAGGCGAAUUUUGAUAAGCUUUCUGAAUAAUGCCAUUUCCGACAUUUUUUGACACUUAAAAAAAAAUAAGCUACACGUUCUUCAGUAGCAUUUGUACAAAGAACAAUACCUACUUUCCUUGUGAAUAGUUGUUUUCCUGUUUUCCAUUUGCCUUCUUGGAGCAGUGUGUCGCAAGAACAUGCCACACUCUGGGUAUCUUUUUUAUUUUUUUUUAAUGGCCCCAAACUGAACCAUGGUAGAGCUGUUAGCCUGGAGGGCCUGGAAUGGCAUACAUUUGAAAAGAGAUGAACAAUGGAAAUCACCAGCAGACCUCAGCCUCAAGCUGAGUUCAGAAAUGCAGCUGUCACCGUCCGGGAAACACCUUGGAGUUUUCCAUGGGUAAGGAGCGCCUCCCCAGAGGCAGCACAGCAGAUUCUCUGCCUGCCACCACCCAGCCAAGCACUGGCGCUCUGGGUAAGCCUCCAUGCUUCUUUCAGGGAUGGGACGCAGACCACAGCUCGGACCUGUUUGUCACUGCUUGUCUGUCAAGGUGUUGCCCGGUUAAUGGGUCCUUUCUUGAGAAUGCCACCACUGACUGAUUUCAGAAAGGGUCGAGAACUCCAAACUGUCCCAGCAAGUUUGCUUUAAACAGCAGAACACAGCCUCCAUCCACGUCCCCAGCUGUUCAGAAGGUCACGUUAGGUCAACAAACCAACUUCCGUUCUGAGUGCACUUUUAUAGGUUUUUAUGCUUUAGCAUGUCUGGGAGAUGGGUUGAUGGACAAUAUAAACAUUAUAUGGAUAAAGGGUUGGUCCAAGCCUUUAUUUUCUUAUAAAAUAUUGGAGCUAUUUAUUGAGAAUUAGCUCAGAAGGGAGCAUACAGAACACCGAAAGGAAAUGCUUGCUGGUUUGGGAAUCUCGGUAUUUAGUAAGGCCAGGGUUUGCUGUGGGUUCAGUGUAUCAGGCUUUCUAGCCUAGCGGGUUUGGUUGGUUGGUCGGUUUUCAGUGGUGGGAGAGGACAGGGCAGUAGUAGUUCUGCCCUCUAAAGCUCAUUAUCUACCCUACUCCCAAUUGCCCUGCUACAAGUUAUUCCUCUAUACCGAUGCAAGGCAGCAAGAGCACCUUACAGGAGGCGCUGUGUAGGGACUGGGGACAUAGGAUCAGCCACAGCUGAUCAGCACAGAGGAGAGUUUAAUAUAUGUUUGGAGAUUGCACAUACACUUUUUUUAAAGAGAAGAAGUCAGUCAUCUACUAAUAAGAUAUCCUUUUUUAAAUGUCUGAGGUUCUUUGGUGCAACAGCCACAGUUUAUGCAUUCAUAUCUUCUGGCAAUUUUCUUUUUUAAGCUCUCAUCAGACUCUUUUUUCCUCAUUCCUUGUAAAAGAUCCUAUUUUCUUCCUCCAUUUAUUUUUUUAAACCACUCAUUUCUAGAAAGCAGAAACAGAGCUUCGUCACCUUUCACGUCCUGAUUCCCAGUCAGUAACGCCCACCGCACUGGCUCUGACGUACGUUUCAGUACUUCUUAUAAGGUCACCCGGGAACGGGCAUUUUUGAAAUCAGGAAUGUAUCUGCCUCCUCUUCCCCAGCGCGUCCUUUCUUCUCCCUGGUGUCCCGUCAGCUCGCUGCAGUCACCCGCUGCAGUGACACAAAGCCGCUGGUCUGAGCCGGGGCUGGAUUGCCCAGGGACCGCCUGCUUGAGCUAGAUCACCACGAACUUAGACCGCGGGCAGGGCACGAUGCUGGAGCAGCAGUUUUCCUCUUCGGCAAAGCUGCCUGGCCCUUGGUCCUUGGAUUCAGUCACUAAUCGAAAGAGCUUAAGGGGACGAGGAGCUAAAUCCAUGCCCCCUUCCAGGACUUUGGAACCAGAGGGAGAGAUCUUUGGCGUGGAGCAGUCCCCAGAGCAGGGCUCCCCGGCUCUCACUCCCAAGAUGUGCCCCUGAGCAGUUCUGAGCUCAGCGCUGGCUGAGCCGAGCUCAGGUCUUGCCUGGCUUCUAGCACACGCACAGGUGUAAGCAGAGCAUAGAGCUGAAAGCAGCUUGGCUGUGAUUUAUUCCGUCUUCUGCAUCUCCUGUCCGCACGCAGCUCCUUUUUGCUGGCCAGCCAGGCGGGUACAACUGCUCAGCCGAGCACCCCGUGUACCCUCUUCUCGGGCUCCCAGGUGCAGACAGAGGCUGGCCCCCACUGCCUUCCUGGACACAUAGACACCCAUUCCCUGUGCCAAGGCUUGUAAAAACUAGGGACCUUUUGACCUGGCUGACCUUGAAGAAAAGGAAUCAUAUCUCCUUCAAGCCAACCAGAAAGCUAUGAAUUGCAAUAUACAGUCGCUGAUUGUAAAAAUUAAAAUUAAACAAAGAGUAAUUUUGUUAUACCUGGGAACUAAAUGAAGUGCCAAAUUAAGCGAGACAUCCAUUUUAUGCCAUCUCUGUGGACCAAGUCCUUCUUCUGUCUUCAUUUUUCAGGGAGAGGAAGGGAAAGGUAGGGAAGGGAAGUCCCCCUGCUGGCUGCAUAAUGGGACCAGCUUGAUCCCAGUGAUCCCAGAGGCUGUUUGUACAGAAGAAGUGGUAAUACAAUGGAUUCUGGUCCCAAAGGCAUGGUAUAGCUUUCUUUUUUUUUUUUUUCCUCCUCCCUUGAUAACUUUUUCCUCAGAUACGGUUCCCCAUCUCUCUCCAAAGAAGGCAUUUUGUAAUAACAAAGCAUUCUCCAGAUACCUGCAAAGCCAAGAGUGUUUAUCAGGCAGUGGUUUUAAGCCUUAGUCCUUCCCAGAAGACACUGCACCCAGUUGGUUGGAGGCACUGUGACAACUGGAAGAAAAUGCCCAGGUAGUUUGGGGGCCAGAGAGGAGACACAAGAGGCGCAUGGAUGCCUGGCUUCUGCUCAUCUCCUUGGCACCGGCCAGCUACCUGCCUGAAAGGAGCCAGAGAUUCCUGGGCUCCCCUGAGGGAACUGCCACGUCCUCCCUCUGGGAGCAGUUGCCAGAAGCUACCUGAAGGGAAGUCACUGUGGCCAGGUGCACAUCUCUAGCGGACGGACGCCUGCCUUCACCUCACAUGCUGGACACUUUCCUCCCCUGGCUGGCAACAGCCAGCGUCAGAAGAGGGCAGUGCGUUUCUGACCAGGGUUGUGAGUGCUCAGCUGUGAAGUGCCUGCCAGCAGCUCCAGGGACCAACAGGGGGCCCUUGAUAAGAGAAAUCCCUUGCCCCACCAUAACCAUGCUGCAGAUGACAAUUUUCUAUAGAGAAUAACGCAUGUUACACUUCUUGGGCUUUCCAAAACGUUUUCAAAGAAAUAGUCACACGUAGGAUGCAAAAGGUUUCUGAGAUUGAAACGUCCUCCAUCAAACGCCAAGAUUAGAGUUUAAGUCGGCUCUUCGGCGUCACGCUAAGCCAGACUUCUGAAAGCAGCCCCCGUCCUGAGUCCGUGGGCACUGCUGCCUCCACUUCUGCCCUCAUCAGACUUCACUGCAGAUUUAAGGGCAGCAGCACUCGCUUGAUGAGAAAAGAGACAAGAAUUGUGUGUACAGUAGAGAAUGCCUUGAGAAUAGUAGCAAAAUACUAUAAGUAAUAUUCAUUUCCUCAGGGAAAAUUAAAGGGUAUGUGAAAAAUAGGUCUGGAGGAUCCUAAGACUAGGAUGAAUUUUACUGUCUUUAGAGUCUUUUCCAGUCAGCGUUUUCCGUAAAGGAACCUGAUAUAAGUUCAUGACAAAUUUACAUCAACUGGACGGUACGGACUUUUCCGAGGCCUGGGGGGGGCGCCCUGUGAAAAAGCUGUUUCUUUGUAGCUGAUCUGAGGUCAGAGGCUGACAUUUGAGCCACAGGCACAGUCCCUGGUGGGUGUUCGUAGACUCAUGUAAGGCUUUUUCUGAAUGUAAUUGUGAACAUGCAGCCUUGCCAGUCCUUUCCGCAAUCACCCGGUUAAAUGACGGUUUAUUAGCGAUGCGCAGAGUUCUGUAGAUGAAAGCUGUUAAAAAUGUGCACUUUGCUCCCAUAGCAUGUUAAGGAGCAAACUUCCAUGGACUCUUGUGGACAAGGUGCUGUUUUUCCUCAUAACCCUGUAGAAUUCCUAUCGACCAUGUCUACUGUAGCGUUGACCUGUGUGAAGGCAGGGGAAGAAUUUGUACGUACAGAUGAGCGGAAACCACAGGAUGCGUGAGUAGAGAUGAGGAUGGAAAUCAUUUUGGAGACUGCGCUGGGCGCACAGGUCAACGGGGAAUUCCAUUUCUCUAAGAAGAUAACUGUAUCAGCAGCACACACGCUCCCAAGUCCUCACACCCGUGGGGAAUUCUCCACGUGGGAACUGUUUCAUCGCGUCUUUCUGCAUUGUAACUAAUCAAAGCAUAAAUCAGUAAAUAAAUGAGAUGAGCCCUUUUAGGUACCAAUUGUAUCACUGAGUAACGCACCCCAGUAGAGCAAGAAAGUAUCAAAUGUAUCCAAGACUGAUAGGUUUGCUUACUGUGACUAUGGAGAAGCCCAUAUCCAAGGAUAUAGACAUGCUUUAAAAGAUGUAUCUAUCACAGGACCAGAAACCAAAAUGGGAAUUUUCCUUCUGGUCCUGCUCUGUAAAUAGUUCCUUGUGUUGAAGACAAUCUCAUGUUUUAUAACUUUUUGUUGUGGGGCUGAGAAUCAAAAUGCUAAUCUGUUUUGUCAACAUCUUAAAUACAGUAAUAAUACUGAUAAGUUAAUUCGUCAAACAAAACAAAUUAUACUGCUUCGGCUGCCAUGAUUCUAAGAGACGGGACGCUUUUGUAACAAGCACUAGGACUUCUCAAGUUGACAGAACUGGAGGUAUUUUACAAGAUGCAGUGUUUUGUAAUCACAAAGAACAUGAACAUUUUGUGAAAAAUGACCUUGGUUUUAUACAUUGUAGCUUAUUUUUCACAAUGCAGUCUUUUACCAGACAGGAAGGGUUUGUAUUAUAAACAAUUCCUGCUCACCAAACAAAGGGCUAUAUGCCACUUUUAAAACAAAUGUUUGACGGACGCGUAUCUUUUCAGUUAAUCCUCUGCAGCAGGAGUAGAAAUGCAGAUCGGAUGGAACAGUUAUUACAAGAGACUCAACCUGGCAGCAGCUGUUCCUUCUGUCAUUACCAGUGUGUUUUCAAAGGAUUAUGGGGGGAAAAAGAUAACUUUAAGAAUCAUCCUAUAUAUCUUAAAUCUCAGAAUGUUAGCAGAUCUGCUCGUAAGUUCGUUAGUGUCAAAUGAUAGAUUCUAUGUCAGAAAGCCAAGUUUACCACGCUACCUACAGAACCAUGAACCUGCAUUUAACGAACACAUAUCAUUUGGUAGAAGUUUCUAAAGUCAUAGUGUUUAAAAAAAAAAGUAAAAUAUUAAAAAAAAAAAAGAAUUCUGAGAUGAUCAGUAGUGUUUAAAUCACUUUGUCCUCAGCACUAAUUAAAUGACUUUAAUGUCCUUGUCGGAACACGUGCUCAGUUUUCCAUGAGAAAGACACGCUGGCAGGCACACAGAGCUGUGAUCGGAAAGUGACUGUGUUCCCAAGAGUGGAGACCAAGGAGGGGAGCCACGGCGAGUUUCUUAACUGCACAAAUAAUUCUCGACUUUGCCAAAACUAUAUUCUAAUACUGUACAGCGUUUCAAGCCCACUCACAAUUAAAACAAGAAAGUAUCUUUUCCUUCUGUGAUUUUGGUCAAUUCAAAAGCUAGCCCAGUUAGCCACUGAUGCAGAUAUCAGCAAAUCAAACAGUGGGACAGAAUGGCUGUGCACCCGCCAGACAUCUCCUCUGAGGCUCAGAGGGUUACGCAGACCUUGGUUUCUGAUAGGCUUUAGAAUCUGCACACAAGGGCUAGAAAUGCACACGGGGUUCAGGAAAGCUGUGCACAGCCUCGGCCCCCAGCCUUUGAGAUGAGACAGCCUGCAAAUGUCUAUCUUCGUUCCCUUGGAAUAUCUCCGUUGUUAGCAUUCAAGUCCUCAAGAAGUAUUUAUUGCUGUAUGGUUUUGAACCAAACAAGUCUCAUCUCCUCUUUGAAAUCAGCUUCCUAGUGGUACAUGCAGCAGAGGUUGCAGAUUCAGAUGCCUUAAGAGGCAGGCAGGUUCCAUAAAUGAACGCCGCUGAUCAGACACAAAAGGGACACUAGAAAAUGGUGGUGAUCGUGGUGAACUGGAGAACUCACUCCCCAUUCAAAAGGGGACCCACACUCAGCUCUAGACCAUCAGGGCUGCACAACAAUUCAGGGCCUCAGGUGCCAGAUCUGACUUGGAAAUACGCGAUUACCUGACAUUUAAAUAUUGACAACUGACAGAAACUCUUGGCCAACACCAUGCAAACCAAAGAGAAUCCGGAUGUGUCCAGGGGCAACCCAUGACCACCAGUUCCAACUGCUGCAGAAAACGUAAGUCACAUCCACGGUCAUUAGGCCAAGUCCCUGCCUGAUCCACACAAACUCAACGUGCAUUGGCACCAUCUCGGCAACAAAAAUAAAAGAAGGGAAAGAUUUGGUCAUUUCUCCCCAGCAAUCAUUCUCACAGAAGAUGUGAAUACAGAAAUGUGAUAUUCAGAGACCAGCCUUGCCUCUGAUCAAAAUACCCGGAAAUAUCAUCCAGAUCUCACUCUGCCUCCUCUGGUGUGCCCAGGCCGUCCCUCAAAGCAUUGCAUAACUGUAAUCCCAGUUUUUGACUGUUUCCACUACCGUGACCACUGUGAUGAGGGGCUGGCAAAGACGAGCCUUCAGAGAAGGCUGCCGGGGAGCCCCGCUGUUGGAAGACAGUACAUGUUGCCUCCUUGUGCCAAAGCCCUUUGCCAUCCCCUCCACACCCCUUCCCUCUCCAUCCUGCCUCUAAGUUUUUGUUCCAGUUUGUAAUUACUGUGGUUUCACCUCUGAUAGGGCAAAAAUCCUUGCUUCAGAACUGGGGGGUGCUUCCGGUAUUUUGGAGAGUUGCGGAUCUCCAAAAGGAAGUUUUUCCAUGUAGAAAACCUUCAAGCCUUUGUCUGAAGGAAAGAACAAAAUGGGAAUCAGUGUAUCAUGGGAACAAUUAAAAGUUGCUUCAUUUGUUUGGAUGGACUAAGUGUUUUUAAACUGUAUCUUAUGCCAGAGUCUUGAUAGUGUUGGAGUAACAACUAGCCCUUUCACGUGUAUUAAAAAGUAUGUCUCUUUUGGAGCCAUUAUCUCGUUUGAUCUUCAUAAGAACCAAGUAUAGAAUAGGAAUAUUUAGGGUCACCGUCAACCACCGCCAAGGCCAACCCGGAGUAGUCUUGAACCUGUGAGUCAGCCUCACGACCGCCUGUGAGGAGGAGGGAAAGAGCUUCUUAAAGGGCAGACUGAGACCUUAGUCUUCCAGAAUGAGUCUAGAACUGAGAAGACCCAGGGGGUCCCCACAUUCUGGACCCAUCCUUUCAAUCUAGUCUGGUGGGCUCCAGAUAAGCCCACAUGUAACAGGCCCUUCAGCAGAGACGUAAAGAGCCCGCUCAUCCACCUCAUCAAAGGCAGACUUAGCCGUCCCCAGUCGUAUCCCUUCACUGUAAUUACCAUGCCACCAUUCCCUCAGUUCCAUCCAACAACGUGCUGAAUUAUAGGAUUCCUAUUAGCUAGUGUGAUAUUCUGAGUAAAAAUGUGGGCUCCCUGGGAAAAAGCUACUUUUCUGCUAGCAUUCAACAUUUCUUAUCUAUGUAAACUUCAGUCGAUGUCAGAAAAUUUAAACCCAGCUCAAAUUUACCAUUUGUAAUGAUCGAAUCGGAGUACUGUACAAUCAAAUUUGGAAACGCCUGGUAACGUGGUUAAAUCCUAUUUAAAUACGAAUGCAAUUCAAACAGCAUGGGCAAUGCCUGCCAUUUUGCCUUCGUAAGUGUCUACAAAGCAGGUCAGUUCAUGAAUGGAUUUCGCUCGCCUUCUGACAUUAGUUUACCAGUUUUUGAACCUAGAGCAAAGCCACCGCACGGAGUUUAGCCGUGGAGCUAGAGGGGCCUCAGAAAGCCAGCAUGGCCCGCCACCACCUUCAGUAACAGGCUUUUGGAUGACGUUUCUUUGAUUAUGUUUUCGAAGUCAUAGUACUGGAGGGGGAAGACGUUCGGGAGGAAGGCCUUUCUUCGCCUGCUAGAAAAGAAGCCCUCUUUGUAAUGUGUAGCACCAAUGUCCCAGCAGCAGUAGAAUUUAAAGGGACCCAAGCUUUAGAUAACAGUUCUGAAAGAGACAGCUAUAAAUUUUGGAAGAAGGCAGAGAUUGUGAUUAAACUGUGGUGCUCACUUUUUAAAAAUGUUCUUUCAGAUCAGGCACCAUCCACAUCAUUAUUUACUACCAGCUACAAAUUAAUCCUGAACCUAAAUAACUAUUAUAGUUUCAUACUAGGGACAAGUCCCUAAUUUAAAAAACUAGCCAGAGUAGAAAAUGGCAAUUCCUGGAAAAGGCAAGAGAGGUGGGAUUAAAGAGAAAAAUUUCCUUUAAAAAGGAAACUGAGCUUAAAGAGAAAGAGAAGGAAAAUCCCCAUUCUGGUAACUAUAGUAGUCUUAUCUUCCCCUCUGGUUGAGCAGUGGUUAAGAGCUCAGCAGCUCACCAAAAGGUCGGCAGUUCGAAUCCACCAGCCGCUCCUUGGAAACCCCAUAGGGCAGUUCUACUCUGUCCUAUAGGGUCGCUAUGAGUCGGAAUUGACUUGGCGACAAUGGGUUUGGUUUUUGUUUUUUUUUUUUGGUAGGCCACCACCCUCAUCCCUUUUGCCCUCAUCUCCCCAAGCCAGCGGCCAGGCUGUUCGCCCCCAGAGCCCAAGGUUGAACAGGGCAGCAGCAGACAUUCUUGGUUGUGGGCCGCUGGUCGCUGCCUCCCCCACUAAGGUCUAAGGGGAUCAACAUUACUGUGACUGGUAAGUCAGACCCUAUCAGCACGGCUCCUACCUGCCUUGGGGGCGGGGGGAAGAAUCUCCAUCUGUCUGAAUUGUUUUAGAUGCUACCUGGAGAGAGCUCCAUCAGCAUAGAACCUGCCACGCUCAUCACAAAAGGCUGGUUCAGACUCACUGAUGGAGACUGGAAGCUGAAGGUCUAGGCCUUUCACGCUGACUCAGAGCGCCUGGCACAUCUCCUGCCCCUCCAGUCCCUCCUCGGGGAAAGCUAACUGCAUCAUCAGAAUCAACAACUGUUACACUGGGAUCCAGGUUCUGAGGAGGCACCCUCGGGCAAGGAAGAGAGCUUUGUGUUUAAUUACUCCAGGCCCUGACCUCUGCCCACAAUAAUAGAGAAGGAAAACUGACUUGGCCUUUAUUCUGUGAGAAGGAAGUGGCUCCUUCAGGGUAUAAUCGUUUUAAUUUUAUAUUUAUGGAAAGAGAAAACAAUGGCUCCAAUCAGCUCCCAUGGUUAAACACUGUCCAUCCCUCCAAGGGAGUCCCUGGGUGGUGCAAAAGGUUAACACUCUUGGCUGCUAACUGAAAGGUUGGAGGUUUGAGUCCACUCAGAGGCACCUCAGAAGAAAGGCCUGGUGAUCUAUUUCCA